AUGUCUACCCCAUCUUUCGAAAAGCAUGGUGACACAAAAGCUCUGCCGAGCAACGAUGCCGAGGUGGUUAUGGAGGGAGAAAGCUACGAGGUGACCGACCAUGGUGCAGACUCACAACUGAAGCGACAGCUGGGAUCCCGUCAUAUUAGUAUGAUCGGUCUGGCGUCCUCCAUUGGCAUGGGUCUCUGGCUUGGAUCAGGAACCUCGUUGAUGAACGCCGGUCCAGCUGGUAUAUUCAUCGGUUAUCUGCUGUCUGGGAGCAUCAUUUGGAGUGUCAGCCACAGUAUUGGAGAGAUGGCAAUCAUGUAUCCCCUGCCUAGCGCCUUCGUGCAAUGGACCAACACUUUUGUCGAUCAAUCCGCCGGCUUUGCCCUGGGUUGGGCCUACUGGCUUUCAUUCUGGAUCACAAUUGCCAACGAAUUACAAGGUGUCGUGACUGUUAUCGGGUUCUGGACAAGUGCGGUCCCGACAGCUGCUUUGAUUACCAUUUUCUGGCUCGUUAUCGUCGCCAUGAACGUCGGUGCUGUGAAAUGGUUCGCCGAGAUCGAAGUAGUUGCUGCUACCAUUAAAUUCGGCUUUAUCUUUAUCGUGAUCAUCUCCGGCAUUGUCCUGUCAGCGGGUGGUGGCCCCGAAGGCGGCUACCCAGCCAGACCGGGAGGUACCAUCGGGUUCCAGUUCUGGAACGAGAUGCCCUUCAUCAACGGGUUCAAGGGAUUCAUCUCCGUCAUGCCGACUUGUAUCUUUGCGCUAUCCGGAUCCGAGAAUGCCGGUCUCGUUGCUGCUGAGACGAGCAACCCUCUCCGAUCGGUCCCCAAAGCCGUAAAGUCAAUGUGGAUCCGAUUGAGUCUGUUCUAUAUUCUCGGCAGCUUGAUCAUCACAAUCAACGUUAGCCCUCUGGAUGACAACCUGUUUGGUGGAUCCGGCACCAACGCCAGCCCCUUCGUUAUCAUGUACCGAAAUGCUGGAGUGCAACCGCUCGCACACAUCAUGAACGCUGUGAUUCUCAUCUCAGUCCUCUCUACCGGUGGCAUCUCCGGAUACGGUGGAUCUCGCAUCUUGGUCGGUCUAUCUCAGCUCGGCAUGGCUCCAAAGAAGAUGCAAAACACCGAUAGCUGGGGUCGUCCGUGGUGGGGCCUUGCUCCUACUCUCAUCAUUGGAGGAGGUCUAGCCUACCUCAACGUUAGCGACAGCGGCUCAACCGUAUUCGGCUGGUUCUCCAACUUGACAUCUCUAUUUACUCUCUUCGGGUGGGGCAUGAUCUGUCUAUCCCACAUCCGUAUGCGCGCCGCCUGGAAAGCCCAAGGCCGUACCCUGGCCGAGCUUCCAUGGAAGUCAUGGGCUUUUCCUUGGGCCGCAUACUGGGGCCUGUUCUGGUGCUCUCUUCUCAUCAUUGUGGAAUUCUAUCUCGCCGUAUGGCCACUUGGCGACAAGCCGAGUGCGAAGAACUUCUUCGCAAACUACCUGUCUGUUGUAGCCAUCUUGUUCCUGUACAUUGGAGCUAAGAUCUACUACGGUGGCAGACGGUGGAAUGAUCUCCUAGAGAUCGACCUCGAUGCAUCCAGGAGAUUUUAUGCUCCGAAAGAUGCAGAGAGUGGCGAGCGGAAGAGCUUCGUCAAGAAGUGGCUCAAGUUUCCCUCUAAGAACUAA